GGGCCCCCGAGGCUCUCCCCCGGCGCCCUCCUUCCCCCCGAGGAGGAGGAGGAGGAGCGCUUCUCCAGGCCCGGGGCUUCCCUCGGAGGCCCUGCCACGGAGCCUCCUCUUCCUCCGGAGCCUGGAUGCCCUCUCUCCGGGGAGCAGGAGGAAGAGGGGCUGGACCGGGCCAUGAGCUUCCUAGGCUCCCGGGGUUCCUCCUCAGCCACAAAGGGCAAGGCCGGGCGGGGCGCGGUGAAGGGGCCUCUCUUGGGCUCCUCUCCGGCCCAAGGUCGGCCCUUCCCAAAAUGGCGCCUUCCUCGCCCCAAGGAAGCGCGCAGGGCCAGGCCUUCCCCCUCUGCCCCGCUUGCCUGCCCUCUCCAGCCCUUCUUUACAGAGCGCUGCAAGGUUGGCACAAAGCAAAGCCUGCAAGCGGCGCCCCAGGAGGAGCCCCAAAGCCCCGCUUGGCCUGGGCCGCCCCUGCUCCCUGCGCCUGAGACCCAUGGCCUGCGGGGAGGGGGCCAGAGAGGGUCCCUUUCGACUGCAGGGCGGGUUGGCACACAGAGAGGCCCAUGGGCGACCGGGGGGGGGGGCUCUGUGGUCCCAUCAUCUCCCCCCUUUGCCCACCACCAGCAUGGACCACUCAGCUGGGCGCCCCUGCCAUGGCCCUUGCCAGCCUGACCUUUUGAUGGGCCUCCAUGAAGCCCUUGCCGGCCCAGGAGCCGGGCUUUUAGGAGUCUCUGGGGGCCUCUGGGCUCUGCCUUUGCCCCUUCUGGCCAUGCUUCCCCUCCAGGGCCUCCCCACAGAGUCCGGGCUGAGGGGCCUUUUCCUGUGGGGGGCCCCCUGAUGCUGGCCCUGUGCUCUUCCCCAAUGAGGGAUGUGGGGGGCAUGCAGAGAGGAUGCUGGGAGUGCCCCUGAGGGUCCAAACCGAAAAGGGUCAGGCACAUGGCAUCAGAAAGCAGGCCCUGGCCCAGGAGGCCAGCAUGGGAGCCUGCUGCGGGCUUGAAAGGGCCCUCUCCUCUCCCUCUGAGGAUCAACAGCCUUGGCCGCCAGAGCCCUGAGUCAACUUGCCCCUUUGACCUGCCUUUGGCCAGACCAAGGGAUCGCUCUCUCCCCUUCCUCUUCUCUCCCUCUGGAAAUCCCCCCCUUGGCCUUCGCCCUGGAAGUGUGUGCGCGCGCGGGGGGGGUCCUCAAAUAGCUUGUUUGUCAUUCUCCUUCCCAUGAUCUUUUUUGUCCUCAUUGUGUAAGCCACCCACUUCCUCCAAAAACUUUGACCUGUAUCUGGUGGAUAGUGAUGAUGAUGAUGAUGAUGGUUCAGGGGGAUGGUAGAUAAAAGGCAGCCCACAGGCAGAGGGGGGCCAUGAAAGGCUUCUUCACACUUGGGCAGCAGACAGGGCAGCUGCUAAGAGAUACCCCCCCCCCCCAAGUUGGAAGACCUUAAUGGGAGAUAAGAGCAGAGGGUCACUGUCUGAUAAGGACUUUUAUGGGGGACUCAGAGUCCCGAGGGGAACAAGGCCUCCUUCCUUCAUCCUGGCUCCUUGGGCUGGUUGCUGCAGAGUCCAGAGGGGAGGAAGAAAAGGAAGAAGGAGGAGAAAGAAAGCAGAGGACAAAGAGGACCCCUCCCCUGACUGUGGCCCCCAUGGCGACCCUCUUAGCGGCCACCCGUGUCUCCCGGCCUCUGGUCCAGCUGGCCCUUCAAGCCCCACGCUGCAAGGAUGCGGCUGCUGUGGCUGGCCUCCGGCCCCCUCUGCAGUUCUGCUUCUCUGCCACCUCGGUCAGCCUGCAGGGCCGGCGUUCCUAUGGGACGGAAGUGGAAGAGAUUGGAGAGCGGGCCGUCCUGAUCACCGGCUGCGACUCCGGCUUUGGCUUUGCCCUAGCUAAGCACCUCCAUGAGAGGGGCUUCAUCAUCUACGCUGGAUGCCUCCUGAAGGAACAAGGCCGAGGGGGCUCCAAGGACCUGGACAAUAUGAAGAGUGACCGGAUGAGGACCGUCCAGCUCAACGUUUGUGAUAGCGACGACGUGGGGCGUGCUGUAGACUACAUGACAUCCACCCUGAAGGACACCGAGACUGGGCUCUGGGGCCUGGUGAACAAUGCUGGGAUCUCCACCUUUGGGGAAGUUGAAUUCACCAGCAUGGACACCUACAAGGAGGUGGCUGAAGUGAACCUGUGGGGCACAAUCCGCACCACCAAGGCUUUCCUUCCUCUCAUCCGCAGAGCCAAAGGCCGCGUGGUCAACAUCAGCAGCAUGAUGGGGCGGAUGGCUAACCCGGCCCGCUCACCCUACUGCAUCACCAAGUUUGGGGUGGAGGCCUUUUCCGACUGCCUGCGCUACGAGAUGCGCCCCCAUGAUGUGAAGGUCUGCAUCGUGGAGCCUGGGAACUUCAUUGCUGGCACCAGCCUCUAUAGCCCUGAGCGGAUCAAGGCCAUCGCUGACAAGAUGUGGGAUGAGCUGCCCGAGAUUGUCCGGCGGGACUACGGGCGGAAGUACUUCGACGAGCAGAUUGCCAAGAUGGAGUCGUACUGCAACAGCGGCUCCUCCGACACCUCGCCCGUCAUCGACAGCAUCACCCAUGCGCUCACUUCCAUCACCCCCUACACUCGCUACCAUCCCAUGGACUACUACUGGUGGCUGCGCAUGCAGGUCAUGACCCACAUGCCCGCUGCCAUCUCUGACCGCCUCUACAUCUACUGAGGUUUGAGAGGCAGGGGUGGGUGGUGGGAGGUGGUUGGCACUCCUCUGUUCUCCCCCCCCCUCCCCUCCCCCCCAGCCAUGACCACCAGGAAGGGAAGCUCCAUGGGGUGGGAGGCGCUCUCUACCCAUUGUAGCCCCAUAGUCUCACUCCGUUAGUUGGGUCUCCACGUACAGUACUGUAGGCUUAAGAAGUCAUUAAUUUAAAAACACGUGAAACCUAAUUUAUCCCUUUGCAUGGUGUGUCUUGUUGGCACUAAGCGGGCCGCGUCUUUCGGAUUGGCCCAGCUUGACGCCCGUGCUCUCUAUUUAUUUGGAGUGCUCCCACUCCCCUCUCCAGACACUCCAGGGAACCAUUGGCCUCCGUUGUCCCAAUCACCUGGUCCACACCCUUCCCUCUGCACAUGACUGUUACUGAGAGGCCCCCUCCCCAUGGAAACUAUGGGUCGGGCUGGGCCACCCCUCUCCUCUUGGCUGCCUUCCUCUGUCCACCAGGAAGGGGCCAUGCAGGCUGGGCACUUGGUCUCCCGUUCCCUUUACACGCACACUCCUUGUUUGGGGUGGGGAACUCUGUAGUAGACCAGGGUCCCCACCUGCCUUGCCUGCUCUCCCUGCCAUCAUUCCCAUGGCAGGUCGGUGUGGGUGAGCAGUCCACUCCUGCGCACAAGGGUGGAGGGCACUCUGCCUGGCUGAAUGGCUCCAAGGGGGAGGGUGACGGUCAGGGGAAGGGAUCAGCUGGUGUGGGCCACCUCCCUGCCGAUGCUGCCAGGCACGGCACCUGAAGCAGCAACCGUGAGUCCGUCCCCUUAGCAGGGAAUGUCCUUUUCCCCAUUUUGGAGAGGGGCUGAGAGGGCUGCCCUUCUUCCAGGCCUCCCUCCACCCCACAUGGCAUCUGGGCCCACCAGAUGCAUCAUCCGUGACCACAACAAACGCACAUUGGGGGAGAGGGAGGGCCUUUAGCAGCACUCUGGAAAGGGAAAGGCCCCCACCACGGUUCUUCUUGCCAACAUGCUCAAGGAGCAAAGUUGUUUUUUUAAUUUAAUUUUAUUUUUUGGUACAAAAAGGCCACAUGGAGAUAUUUUUGUGAUGCUUCAGAGGUGAACAAAAGGGUCACUGAAAGCAGAUUGGAAAUAUUUGUGACAAAAUAUUUGCAGUUGGGGGGGCCUGGGGAGGUGGCGGGGGACACCACUUUGCCCCUUAACAAACUGUAACGCGUGGAGAACGAGUCUGUGAUCAAAUAUUCUCUGCCUCGAUUAACAUUAAAUGACAGUGACAAAG